UACGACAAAUUUGUGAUGGAUGCACUGAAGAUGAGAACCAGGAAGCUGCUGUACCCCACCGAAAAGGUCUGGGUGGACAAGCCUAAGUACGACGAGGCCGAGAGGCUUCACUAUGAACGAGAAGCAGCGUUAGCCGCCUCGGCGGCCGGGUCUUGCCAAGAGCUGGUGGCCGUGAAUGGCUUCUGCCACGAGGAACGCGCCGAGGAAGUGUUGAAGGCAGAGCUGUGGCGGGUUGGCAGUGGGAAGAAGCAGAAGAAAAGGAAGUUAUCGCCCAAAGCCAAGUCUUUAGGGCCCAAAAUAGAUCCCGUCUUGGCGGGUUUGUUGGCUGACCAUGUCUGGUUUGACAAACCUCGGUUUGACCAAGCGGAAUCUGCCUACCACGUGAAACUCGCCGACUCUUUGCCCCUGGUGGCGCUUCCCAUCGUGGAGCCAGCUGCUGUGGUGCCUUGGUCUGAAGACGCCGUCCAGGCCGAGACCGAGCAUGUUGGAAACCAGGCCGUCUUGCACUGCACUCACGGCAGCCUCAUGGCGUGCCAUCACGUCAUUCAGGAUGUGUGGGUCAACAAAUUCCACUUCGACGCCGCCGAGAGAGCCUUUGUCGAAAGGUCCCAGCUUGUGACGCUCGCACACCUGCUGCAGCCCCCGUCCGUCCUGAAGCUGGCCAGCGCCGGGCCCGUCACCCCUGACGAAGGCUACGUGACGGCCCUGGCUACUCCUUCGACCCCGGCCCACGUUGCCGAUGCCGAGCGUCAGGCCCCCACCGCUCCGCUCAUCCCGGCCGGAGAUGCAAACCAGACGGUCAACGGCAAGCCUCCGGGCUCCAGUUUGCGAGCCCUGCUGUCCGAAGUCUGGCUGGAGAAGCCGAUCUAUGAUGACGCCGAGCGAUUAUUCUAUGCCAACAUGUUUGACGGCCACCCUCCAGGGAAGGUGAGGCUGCAGGAGCGCGGCCACGCAGACAUCUCCAGAAAGAGCCGGAAAGAGAAGAAGGGCCGGAGCAGCCUACGGAAGCAGUCAACGGGAAAACGGGUAAACAACGCUGCAGUUGGGACUCUGACGCCCCAGGAAACGGCAACCGCCGCACCGCAACCUCCUGCCUGGCACUUUAUGCACCCGGACACGGAAUCUUUGUGGUUCAACAAGCCCACGUACGACAGUGCAGAAGCCUGCUUCUACGCCUCCCUUGCCCAAGAAGAAGCCAGCAGACUAUCGGAAGCCGCGCGAGCUAAAGCCACCCAGCCCACUGCGCAGCCCUCCAGCACACCAGAGCCUGAUGCUAAAAAAAUGGCAACCCACUUCCUCAUGCACGAGAAGAUCUGGUUCGAUAAAUUCAAAUACGACGAUGCUGAGAAACGGUACUACGAACAGAUCAACGGUCCAGCCCGCAGCCCUUCCUGCCAGCAGGAGAACGGCGCCAGCACCAUCCUGCGCGACAUUGCCAGAGCAAGGGAGAAUAUCCAGAAGUCACUGGCCGGACUCAAGACAGUUUUGCAAAACCCUCAGGAAGCCGCUGGUGUUCGGUCCAAGAAGCACCGGGGUCGCGCGGCUACCGCCAGCGGCCCCUCCCCCGCAGGACCAGCCGGAGACCAAAAUGAGGUGGUCACCAGGAUUGCUAACUUGGAGGCAGAGAACCAACAGCUUCGUAGUGUGGUCACAAACCUCCAAGUGGCCAUCUCCAAACUGGAGUGUCGGCUGAGCGUGCUGGAAAGGGCAUCGGCUUCCCAUCAUCCUUCCCCACCUCCACCAACACAGCACGUCACCCCCAUGAAGAAAGUGGAGCCCCUGGCCGUGCAGUCCAAGAAGGUGGUGCUCCCUUCAGCUGCCAUCAAAGAAGAAUCCCUGGGCGGUGCCGCCGCUGCCGCCUCCUCCGAGGAAGACGACGACAUCGACCUGUUUGGCAGCGACGAAGAAGAGGAGGACCAAGAAGCUGCCCGCCUUCGGGAAGAGCGGCUAAAGCAGUACGCCGAGAAGAAGUCGAAGAAGCCGGGCCUGAUUGCCAAGUCCUCCAUCCUUCUGGACGUCAAGCCGUGGGAUGACGAAACGGACAUGGCCAAAAUGGAGGAGUGUGUCCGAUCUGUUCAGAUGGAUGGCCUCGUCUGGGGGGCUUCCAAACUGGUCCCAGUGGGCUACGGCAUCAAGAAACUCCAGAUCCAGUGUGUGGUGGAGGACGACAAAGUCGGGACAGAUAUCCUGGAAGAGGAGAUUACCAAAUUUGAAGAUUAUGUGCAGAGUGUUGACAUAGCUGCUUUCAACAAGAUCUAACGGCAAACCUUUUACCCUUUCUAAAGCUAAUAAAUGGUUAAGAGUUGGAGAGCAA